AACUGCACCAAGUCAUGUGAUUCCUGGUAAAGGGAAGUGAAACCGACAGGAAGACACGGCGACAAACAUUUUAAAUCAGUGCAUGGUUUACGGUUUCCGGGUGGAGCAUCAGAGCCUGAAAACUAUUUCAGCAACCCUUAGGAGAACGGAAUUCUCUCGCUAUUGCUAUGACUGCAGAUUCCCCGUAACACCGCCAGAAAAAGAACAAAGCAAUCCAUUUUAUUUUGCCUGAGACCUGUCCUCCACACGGUGAGCAAGAACUGUUGCUGAGGACGAUUAACAAAGGGGUGCUUAUUCCCUCGGAAGGUGCAUCAAUACAGGUGUACCCCAACAUUGAUACUUAUACCUUUUGGCCAUGGAUGCAGCACUGUACAAUCACUACGAAGAGAAAGUUCGACCCUGUAUUGAUCUCAUUGACUCAUUGAGAGCAUUGGGUGUGGACCAGGACCUCUCUCUUCCGGCCAUUGCAGUGAUUGGUGAUCAGAGCUCUGGAAAAAGCUCUGUGCUGGAGGCACUGUCUGGAGUCGCUCUGCCCAGGGGCAGCGGAAUUGUGACAAGAUGUCCUCUCGAACUGAAGCUGAAAAAAGCCAAAGAGGCGAAAAUAUGGAAGGGACAAAUAAGUUACAAGAAUUAUUUGAAAGACCUGUCUGACCCAUCUGAGGUGGAUAAAGAAAUUGUGAAAGCUCAGAACACAAUGGCUGGAAAGGACCAAGGAAUCAGCUCUGAGCUGAUUAGUGUAGAAGUGGAGGCUAGCAAUGUCCCUGACCUAACAUUGAUCGAUCUGCCAGGAAUUGCAAGAGUGGCAGUUGGGAGCCAGCCACAGGAUAUUGGAGACCAGAUCAAGCAGCUGAUCAAAUCUUAUAUUAGUGAAGAUAAGACCAUUAACCUUGUUGUCAUCCCAUGUAAUGUUGACAUAGCAACCACAGAGGCCUUGAAAAUGGCCCAGGAGGCAGAUCCUUCAGGGGACAGAACUUUGGGAAUAUUAACAAAGCCAGAUCUGGUUGACAAGGGGACAGAAGAAAGCAUCCUUAAAAUAAUCAGAAAUGAGGUUGUUGCCUUGAACAAAGGUUACAUGGUUGUGAAAUGCCGUGGACAGCAAGAUAUUAAUGCCCAACUGACCCUGGUAGAGGCACUGGAGAGGGAGAAAGCUUUUUUCAAAGAAAGUGAGCUUUUCAGAACGCUUUUGGAAGAAAAGGUGGCAACAAUUCAGUGUGUGGCUGCCAGACUGACCACAGAACUUGUCAAUCAGAUUCGGAAAACCCUGCCGACCAUAGAAAAAGAGGUUCGAUGCAAAAUUGCUGAAACGAGUAGGGAACUGGAGAUGUUAGGAUCGGGUGUACCAGAGGAGGAUGAAGAUAAAGUUCCUUUCCUCAUUGACAAAAUUAGAGGCUACAGUGAAGACCUUUCCAACCUAACAAUUGGAGAAUAUUCAAGGGAAUAUGACGAUGACAUGAAAAUAUACACAGUGGUCCGAAAGAGUUUUGGGAAAUGGCAUGAUCUUCUUGAUGAAGAUCAGACAGAGUUCAAAGAAAUAAUGAGCGAUCAAGUGUCAGCGUACACUGAGAAGUCCCGUGGGAGAGAAUUGCCUGGAUUUACCAAUUACAGAAUCUUUGAGUCGCUAGCCAAGAAUCAGAUCAUGAAGUUGGAGCCUCCUUCUCUCACCAUGCUGAAGGUGAUAGCAGACCAGGUCCAGUCAGUAUUUAACAGUUUGGCCAUGCAGCAUUUUGUAGGGUUGCCAAACCUAAUGAAAAAUAUCAAGAGUAAGAUUGAUGAAAUUCGUGAGAACCAGGAGCUGGAAGCUGAGCGGAUGCUGAAGACUCUGUUCCAGAUGGAGAAAAUGGUCUACAGUCAGGACAUCAUUUACUCCAACAAGCUGAAUCAAAUCCAGACCGAAUAUGAGUUACCAGAGGAGCAGAACCAGCAGAUAAUUUCUAUCAGUACUGAUAUCACUGCAAUGUCCAUUCAUUUAGAAACCUAUUAUCUGAUUGCUUCAAACCGACUGGCAGACAUGGUUCCAAUGGUCAUUCGAUUCUACCUCUUGCAGGAGUACGCGAGCAAGCUGCAACGCAACUUACUGCAGUUGCUGCAGGGUCAGGAGCAGAUGGAACAGCUGCUGAUGGAAGAGGAAGACAUCUUUGAGAAGCGUAGAUUUCUGAACAGUCGCUUGAAAAGGUUGAGAAAAGCCCGUCAGAUCUUGACCAUGUGUUAAAGCAAACAUCUGUCAAUUCAUUUAAUAUGUCGUCAAUAAGCUACAAAGUGUUUGAGACCUCCAUAUAGAACUCUUUAAAGAAAAUAUGCCCAUGAGGAAACAACGUUCCUGUCUUUUGCCAUUGUAUUCACCUAUCUGCGAAAUAAGUGAGAAUGGAAGGAUAAGGCUAUUCAACCCCUUGUGUCUGUUCUGCCCAUUAUUAUCAUAGCAGAUCUACAUCUUAACUCCAUCUACCCACCUCCAUCUAUAUCUCUAGCUAUCCUUGCAAGAUAAACAUCUAUUGAUAUUGGGUUUGGAAUUAUCAUAGCAUCAUGAAAUUUUUACAGUGCAGAAGGAAGCUAUUUGGCCCAGGCAGUUUUUACCUUGGACAGAAACUAAAAGUGCUAGAGAAACUCAACAAGUAUGGCAGCAUCUGUGGCGUGAAAACCAGAAUUAAUGUUUCAAGUCCAGUGACCCUUUAUCCUUAAUGACAUCCAUCAAUAAUUAGUAGAGGGUCUGGAAAGUAAGUUCUCAAUAUCCUCUGACCUUUGAGUGAAGAAGUGUAUUUCUCCAUGGCAAUAAUGUAAUUAUACUUGCCUUUUCUGGACUUGUCCAGCAAAAGAAAUUCUUUCUUUCCAUCUUUAUCAAUUUUAUUUGAUCAUCUUAAACACCUCCAUUAGAUCACAGAUAAUUAUUUACAGGGUAAGUGGCAGAUUGGCUAGAAGCUCAACUCCAAAUUUCCCAUAGGUGUGAGCAACACUGACAACUAAAAUUAUCUCCUUGGUCUGAGAUAUUAAUCCUGUUUAGUCUGAUCAAUUCUUUUCCCUCCUAAAACACUUGCCCCAUUCCAACAACUUGAUUUUUUUGAAAAAAAAAUCUUGUGGCUAUUUUAGUGCUUACAUCAUUUAUCUCUGUAUCACCAGUUCUGGUUCUUGGCAAAAGAUAUGCAGCAAAACGACAUUAAGACCAUUUUUUUGGUGGAUUUUUAUUUUGUUCUUGGUUUCAAUUUUCCAAUAAAUUUCUAGGUAAGAAUAGAUGCUGUAACGUUAGUGUUUUAUGUUACUUGGGUUCCAUGCCGUGGAGCACAGUUUCUCAUUCACUGUGUGAGUUGAGCAGUUCUUGUACUGUGUGGUAGAAUAAUGAUCUUUCUCAAAGGGUAAUGGUUUAUUGAGCAAUCCAGCUGGCAUCUUCGGUGAGACUUUGGUUCCAGCACAAAGCCAGACUGGACAGGAACACUGAUGGGGCUUUACACUGGUGACGAUGAAGACUUUCUGCAACUGACUCAUAGUUAAUGCUCUAAUGAGCCUCUGACUGUUCAAUAAAGAGACAAUUUAAACAGUGUC